GCAGGUGACGCAGCAGCACCAGGAAGUGCCCGGUUCUGUGGCAGGUGAGGGCGGUGCGGGCUCCACCGCCCCAGGGUGGGCCCCGUCAGGGCCUGGCUGCCCUCGCUGUGUCCCCGCAGGCCGCCAUGGACGGGGUCCCGCCGUCCACCAGCCCCGCCGGGCUCUCGGCCUACGUGGCCGUGUCGCAGCUGCUGGGCCUGACGCUGCUGGCGGCCACGGGAGCGUGGCUGGGCCGCUACCGGGGCGGCGUGGCCUGGCAGAGCCCGCUGCAGUUCAACGCCCACCCGCUCUGCAUGGUGCUGGGCAUGGUGUUCCUGCAGGGGGACGCUCUCCUGGUGUACCGGGUGUUCAGGAACGAGGCCAGGCGCUCCACCAAAGCACUGCACGCGCUGCUGCACGGCCUGGCACUGCUCAUUGCACUCGUUGGCCUCGUGGCCGUCUUCGAGUCGCACCGUGCCAAGGGCAUCCCCAACAUGUACAGCCUCCACAGCUGGUGCGGGAUGGCCGCCUUUGUGCUCUACCUCCUGCAGUGGCUCCUGGGCUGUGGCUUCUUCCUGGUGCCUGGUGUGUCUUUCUCGCUGCGUGGUCGUUACAAACCCCAUCAUAUCUUCUUUGGCAUUGCCCUUUUUGCCUUCUCCAUCGCCACCUGUCUGUUGGGCAUCACUGAGAUGCUGCUCUUCAAUAUCAGGGACUCGUACAGCCACUUUGUGCCCGAGGGAGUCCUGGCCAACGUGCUGGGGCUGCUGCUGGUGGCCUUUGGGUUGGUGGUGGGCUAUGUGCUGACGCGAGAUGACUGGAAGCGGGCGCCGCUGGCCGAGGAGAUGGCUCUCUCCAUGGACUUCAAGACACUCACGGAGGGCGAGAGCCCUGGGGGCAGCCAGUGAGGCCCCCAGCGAUGCCCCCAGCUGCCCAGUCCUGGUGGAUGUUGGAUGUCUCCGCGUGUGCUGGCUCCGUGCCCGGUGCUGGUGAGCAGAGCCUUUGCUCGGGGCUCCCUCUGCAUCCCCUGUUCCAUGUGGGGAUGGAGGUGCCACCACAUUUAGUGUUCCCAGGCUCUGCCCGACCUCAGCGUUUCCCUACUGCCAACCUCCCAUCAGCCCGAAGCCCAUUCCCAUCUCUUUGUGCCAAGCAGCGGAUUGGAUGCGUCCCAUCACUGACAUUUCCACGUGUUCUCAGCCCUCACCCUCCAGGGCUGCAGCCACCAAAGUUCCCCAGUGGCUCCGAGCAACGCCACGUCGGUGCAAUUUAAUGUCUUUGUGUUCAAAAUGUUUUCCCCUCUUGUGCAAUGUGUUGUCUGCAAAGUGAAUGCUCCUGCCUUAAUAAAUAUUUGCAGCUAACCCUG